AUGUCAAUCGAGAUCGUCCCGCUGGCUCAGACCGACAUCCCCGGGGCUGUAGACUGUGUGCAGAAAGCGUUCGCGGACGAUCCCUAUUUUCAAUGGGCAUUUGAUAAUCCCUCCAAGUUCAACAUCCAACGAAAUGCAGCUUCUCUCGCCGCUCACCUCCAAUAUGGUAUCAACUGUGGCUGUCCCAUCUCCGUCGCCAAGGUAUCUCGCGCCGCAGAUGAAAGCAAGAACAACGGCGAAAUCCGUCUUCCAGCCGGUACCGUAGUCGGUGUUGCUUGGUGGUACUCACCACAUGCACCUUCCAUGCCGCAGACCUGGUCUGUCUGGGCUCAGGAUUGGAUUCUCUCCUUCCGCCAGCUCAUGAACAAUAUCCGCUUCUUUGGGCGUGGUGGUCUCAAUGUGCACCGAUACUGGAUCUGGAAAGAAGUGCAGCAAACUGCACAUGAUACAAUUUGGCAGGAUCCUCGGGGUUACUAUUUUUGCAAUGUCGUCGGCGUCAAUUCAGAGGCGCGUGGUAUGGGCGUGGGCAAGAAGCUUAUGGCGGAUGUCAUGGAGAAAGCCGAUCGGGAGAAUAUGCCGUGCUAUCUUGAGAGCUCUAAAGGUUAUCCAAAUGUCGGUAUAUAUGAGCGGAUGGGCUUCGAGUUAGUCAAGGAGAUUGAGUGUGUGGAUGGUGGGGAUGUUUGCAAGUUGUAUUGCAUGAUUCGCAGCCCCAAAUCCAAGGAAUAA